AUAGGAAACUUAGCCAUUAUGACUGAAAUCACCACUGAAGGUUAUCCAGUGAACACUGCUGGCUUUGAUGACAAGAAUGGAGCUGUUGCAACAUCUAUGGCAAAGAUGUCGAAAAAAUCUGUGUCUGAUGAUCUGGCCUCAACUUUCAGCUCUCCAGCAGCAUGGUUCCUAGUUGUGGCUUUGAUUGUAACUUGGUCCGCAGUGGCUAUUGUCAUGUUCGACCUGAUGGACUACAAGAGCCUUGUUGGAGGUUUUAAAGAAUUAAGCUCAGAUCCUAUGAAAGUCAUAGAUGAGGCUGUGGAGGAUACCUCAAACUGGAUCUAUGGCUUUAUAUCUUUACUGUCUGAUAUAUUAUCAACAAAAGAAUACCCUGAUGACGAUAUGGAUGAAGAUGAAAUCGAAUCCCAGACAAAAAAGAAAGGAGUUUAUCACCCCCCAGCUAAAAGAAAAGGUGAAACUCGUCUUCCAUCUAAAAGAAAAGGUUAG